AUGCACAUCCCUACCUUCGGUCAAGUUGCCACCAUCGGCAUGGCUUUCUUCGCUGUUGCUGCUCUGGCUGUCCCCAUCGCUGAGCCUCUCGAGGCCGACCUCGUCGAGGCAAAAAUACACCAGCUAAUUGAUAUCUUACAGCGAUCUGCUGACCUUGCCACCCGUGGCGAGGGCAUUUCGGGUUUUACCAGUUCGGUCAAUGCUCUCGAGCAGCGCAAUAGCAAGAAGAAGUGUAAGCGGACCAACCAGAAGGGCAACUGCUCCGAUUCCGACUCCGACAACGACAAAAAGAACAAGAAGAAGUGCAAGCGCAACAGCAAGGGCAAUUGCUCUGACUCAGACGAUGAUAAGAAGAAGAAAAACAAGCAGUGCAAGCGUAACAGUAAGGGCAACUGCUCCGACUCCGAUGACGACAAGAAGAACGGUGGCAAGAAGAACGAUGACAAGAAGAACGAUGACAAGGGCAACAAGGGAGUUUACUACCGCCGCGAAGUCGCCGCUGAGUUUGAUCUCGAGUAA